AUUCUACUUAUUUUUUUCAGGAAUAAUAAUGUAUUUGCGGCCUUGGACGUGAAGCGAUCAGUCUUCUAUUGCUAUUAACAUAGCGUCAGGGACUGAUGUCGUGGGAAGCAUGGACCUAAUGAACGGGCAGGCAAGCAAUGUUAAUAUUGCUGCUACUGCUUCUGAGAAAAGUAGCAGUUCUGAAUCAUUAAGUGACAAAGGUUCUGAACUGAAGAAGAGCUUUGAUGCUGUGGUAUUUGAUGUUCUUAAGGUUACACCAGAAGAAUAUGCGGGUCAGAUAACGCUAAUGGAUGUUCCAGUAUUUAAAGCCAUUCAACCAGAUGAGCUUUCAAGUUGUGGAUGGAAUAAAAAAGAAAAAUAUAGCUCUGCACCAAAUGCAGUUGCCUUCACAAGAAGAUUUAAUCAUGUGAGCUUUUGGGUUGUUAGAGAGAUUCUUCAUGCUCAAACAUUAAAAAUUAGAGCAGAAGUUUUGAGCCACUAUAUUAAAACUGCUAAGAAACUGUACGAGCUGAAUAACCUUCAUGCACUUAUGGCGGUAGUUUCUGGCUUACAGAGUGCCCCGAUUUUCAGGUUGACUAAAACGUGGGCGUUAUUAAGUCGAAAAGACAAAACUACCUUUGAAAAAUUAGAAUAUGUAAUGAGUAAAGAAGAUAACUACAAAAGACUCAGAGACUAUAUAAGUAGCUUAAAGAUGACACCGUGCAUUCCCUAUUUAGGUAUCUAUUUGUCAGAUUUAACAUACAUUGAUUCAGCAUACCCAUCAACUGGCAGCAUUCUAGAAAAUGAGCAAAGAUCAAAUUUGAUGAAUAACAUCCUUCGAAUAAUUUCUGAUUUACAGCAGUCAUGUGAAUAUGAUAUUCCCAUGUUGCCUCAUGUCCAAAAAUAUCUGAACUCUGUUCAAUAUAUAGAAGAACUACAAAAGUUUGUGGAAGAUGAUAAUUACAAGCUUUCAUUAAAGAUAGAACCAGGGACAAGCACACCACGUUCUGCUGCUUCCAGGGAAGAUUUAGUAGGUCCUGAAGUAGGAGCAUCUCCACAAAGUGGAAGAAAAAGUUUGGCAGCUGAAGGAGCUUUGCUGCCACAGACACCACCAUCCCCUCGGAACCUGAUUCCACACGGACACAGGAAGUGCCAUAGCUUGGGUUAUAAUUUCAUUCAUAAAAUGAACACAGCAGAGUUUAAGAGUGCAACGUUCCCAAAUGCAGGGCCAAGACAUCUGUUAGAUGAUAGCGUCAUGGAACCCCAUGCACCAUCUCGAGGCCAAGCUGAAAGUUCUACUCUUUCUAGUGGAAUAUCAAUAGGUAGCAGCGAUGGUUCUGAACUAAGUGAAGAGACCUCAUGGCCUGCUUUUGAAAGUUCUGCAGAAUCAGAAGAUUUGGCAGUACAUUUAUAUCCAGGAGCUGUUACUAUUCAAGGUGUUCUCAGGAGAAAAACUUUGUUAAAAGAAGGCAAAAAGCCUACAGUAGCAUCUUGGACAAAAUAUUGGGCGGCUUUGUGUGGGACACAGCUUUUUUACUAUGCUGCCAAAUCUCUAAAGGCCACAGAAAGAAAACAUUUCAAAUCAACAUCAAAUAAGAACGUAUCUGUGGUAGGAUGGAUGGUGAUGAUGGCUGAUGACCCAGAACAUCCAGAUCUCUUCUUGCUGACUGACUCUGAGAAAGGAAAUUCCUACAAGUUUCAAGCUGGCAGUAGGAUGAAUGCAAUGCUGUGGUUUAAGCACUUAAGUGCAGCCUGCCAAAGUAAUAGACAGCAGGUUCCUACAAACUUGAUGACUUUUGAGUAAAAGCCAAGGAAGAAGAGAGGUGAACCAUUGCUCCUAUGUGAGAGCGAGGACUGAUGCAAGAGCGCCAGCUGUAAACCAUCCCUGUGCCAGGAAGAGCCCAGAGGUUCUGUCUCAGCCUUUGGAGUUCUGAACCAAAAAAGCACUAAUUUCAGGGAAUGAAGUGCGACAUUCCCAGAGAACAAAUUGGAGUUGCAAAACAAACUGCCAUGGACCAUGCUUCUUAUCUCUGAACUGACCUGUGGAAACCACUGCC